AUGAAGUUCAUCUCAUCCUCCAUCUUCCUUUCUCUCCUCAUGCUGCUCUCGCAGUCGAUUGCCAUUCCCACACCCGACCCCGAGCCUAUCCCUGAAGAUGCUAUGCUUGAGAUCGAGGCUGUCCUCGCUGCCAGAGGGUUGAAGCUGCCAAACAUCCCAGGCCUUUGCCCCCCUCCCUCCUCGGCUCCCGUUCAACAAUCGAACCAAUGCUCCACUGGCACUCCCUUCUGCUGCAGCACUGAGGAUGGAUCUCACAACUGCGUCAAAUCCAAUGUCAGCUGCGACCAGACCGUUAUCUGCUGCAAUAACAACUUCGGGUCCCAAGUUUGCAUGGGUGACAUCGACUUCAACAUGCCAAUCAACAUCAACAUCAACCUUUGA